CCUGGCGUCGUUAACUAAAGAAGGAAACCUUCGAAAUUUACUGCGAUGUGAUGCUAUAUUAGCAUGAUGAAGCACACAACCUUUCGUUUAUCAUACUGUAGGAAGCCUGGAUGAGCCGCCGGCAAAAGUAAAGCGAUGACGCCAUUGGUGUGGCUAACUUGCGACAGUUUUACCACGGCGAUGGAGUUUGGAGAGGACUACCCGGGCCAGUGCGCCUGCUUUCGGCUUCCCUGUGCGCUUCCAUGCCUGUCUCGGUAUCAUUAGCUACAAGCUAUUGACUAGCUGCUGGGAAGACAAACAAAUUAUCCUCUUUUUGGACCGAAACUACUGCUGCAUUGCGCUCAAAGAAACUCAUCAUGUCUGACCCAAAUUACUGGACGGUAUUACCCAGUUACAAAACUCAGUUUGUGACGGGAGCUAUGCUAAAGCGAUCAAAAAGUUGCCGUAGCAACAAGAGGAGGAGUCUGGUUGUGGGGACUUCGUCCCCCACCCUCCCGAGGCCUCUCUCCCCCCUCCUGCUGGCUCCAGCAGCUAGCAGUCCCCUGGACAGCCCCAGGAAUGCUCCUGCCAGCGCGGCCGUCAGCUUCCCCUUCGCUCGCAGCCAAGUGGCUCGCACAGACAGAGCCGAGGGACGAAGGUGGUCGCUGGCGUCCCUCCCCUCGUCCGGCUAUGGCACCAAUCCGCCCAGCUCUACCGUGUCGUCCUCGUCGUCCUCUCAGGAGCUGCUGUCCCAGCUGCCGUCCCAGCCCACCCCGGAGGAGCUGCACUUCCUCUUCAAGCAGUUCCGCAGCACGGAGAGCGUGCAGGACGAGGAGGCGCGGCCUCCCGCCCCCCUGCGCCCCCGAUCCCGCAGCCUCAGCCCUGGUCGGACAAGCAGCUCGUUUGACAAUGAGGUCAUCAUGAUGAAUCAUGUGUACAGAGAGAGGUUUCCCAAGGCCACAGUGCAGAUGGAGGAGCGGCUGCAGGAGAUUUUGACACAGUGCUCCCCGGACAGUGCGGUCCCCUUGGCGGACGGCGUGCUGGGCUUCAUCCAGCACCAGCUGGUGGAGCUCGCCCGUGACUGCCUGGACAAGUCCCGCAAGGGCCUGGUCACCUCGCGCUACUUCCUGGAGCUGCAGGACAAACUGGACAAGCUGCUACACGAGGCAUUCGAGCGCUCGGAGAGUGAGGAGGUGACCGUCAUCAAGCAGCUGGUGAAGAAGAUCCUCAUAGUCAUCUCCCGGCCAGCCAGGCUCCUCGAGUGUCUGGAGUUUGACCCGGAAGAGUUCUACCACCUUCUGGAGGCUGCGGAGGGUCAUGCCAAAGCUGGCCAGGGCAUCAAGACCGACAUCCCCCGUUACAUCAUCGGCCAGCUGGGUCUGACGCGGGACCCCCUGGAAGAAAUGGUUCAGCUGGAACAGCAUGACUCUGAUCUCACCCCAGCAGCAGAAACGGACGACUCUGAGCAGAGCAGGUCGACGAGCACCCCGUCCCGCAGGAAGGCGGAGGAAGGCGACUUCGAGACCAUCAAGCUGAUCAGCAACGGGGCAUACGGGGCGGUGUACCUGGUGCGGCACCAGGAGACCCGGCAGCGCUUCGCCAUGAAGAAGAUCAACCGGCACAACCUGAUCCUGCGGAACCAGAUCCAGCAGGCCUUCGUGGAGCGGGACAUCCUCACCUUCGCCGAGAACCCCUUCGUCGUCAGCAUGUUCUGCUCCUUCGAGACGCGCCGCCACCUCUGCAUGGUCAUGGAGUACGUGGAAGGGGGCGACUGUGCGACCCUGCUGAAGAACAUGGGCCCCCUGCCUGUGGACAUGGCCAGGAUGUACUUUGCAGAGACGGUGCUGGCGCUGGAGUACCUGCACAGCUACGGCAUCGUGCACAGGGACCUCAAACCCGACAACUUGCUGAUCACCUCCAUGGGUCACAUCAAGCUGACGGACUUCGGUCUGUCUAAGAUCGGCCUGAUGAACAUGACCAACAACCUGUACGAGGGGCACGUGGAGAAGGACACCAGGGAGUUUGUGGACAAACAGGUGUACGGGACGCCGGAGUACAUCGCCCCGGAGGUGAUCCUGCGCCAGGGCUACGGCAAGCCGGUGGACUGGUGGGCCAUGGGCGUCAUCCUGUACGAGUUCCUGGUGGGCUGCGUGCCCUUCUUCGGAGACACACCCGAGGAGCUCUUCGGGCAGGUGGUCAGCGACGACAUCGCGUGGCCGGAGGAGGACGACGCUCUGCCGUCUGACACUCAGGACCUGAUCACCCGGUUGCUGAGGCAGAGUCCACUGGAGCGCCUCGGGACAGGGGGCGCUGCUGAGGUGAAGCAGCACCUCUUUUUCCUGGGCCUGGACUGGAACGGCCUGCUUCGCCAGAAAGCGGAGUUUGUUCCACAGCUCGAGGCUGAGGAUGACACCAGCUAUUUCGACACUCGCUCAGAACGUUACCACCAUCUGGGCUCCGACGAAGACGAUGAAACCAACGAUGAAGGGUCUUCUCUCGAGCUCAGCCAGCUGUCAUCCUGGUCAUCUUGGUCAAACCGCUUCAGCAAGGUGUACAGCAGUUCCGAGCACCUGGCCACGCCCUCGAACCUGAGCCAGUCCUCCACAGAGCGCAGCCGCAGCGAGGAGAAGGACGAGCGCUGGGACAGGGAGGGGCCGCGGGAGGGAGGCGGGGACGAGGAGGCGCAGCAGAGGGAGAAGGGAAGCCUGCGGCCCAGGGCCUUGUCCAGCUGCUCGCGGCGCGAGAGGGACAGCAGCCAGCUGACACACAGCGCCCCCCACAGCCUGGAGGCCAUGCCGCGCUUCACUGUCUCCACUGAGGACGAGGCAGUGGUGCCCAGCUUUCAGAGGAUUCGGCUCCGCAGCAACAGCAUGGGGUCCAAACGCUCCCGGACCCGGGACCAGGGGGGUCUCCGCCGCAUGGGUCACCAGCUGGAGACACCCGAAAAAGCCGGGGGUCCGUCCAGAGGAAGGGUCCCCAAAUCUGCCUCUGCCACCGCCCUGUCACUCAUUGUGACAUCAGAUGACAUGGGGGGCAGUCCUCCAGGCUCCGCCUACGCACACUCCCUCUCCUCCAACCCCUCCUCCCGGGACUCCUCCCCCAGCCGAGACCCCUCCCUCGGCGUCAGCAGGCUCCGCCCACCCAUAGUCAUCCACAGCUCGGGGAGGAAGUACGGCUUCACGCUGCGCGCCAUCCGCGUCUACAUGGGAGAGAGCGACGUCUACACCGUGCACCACAUGGUUUCGCGUGUGGAGGAGGGCAGCCCCGCCCACGAGGCGGGACUGAGGGAGGGUGACCUCAUCACCCACGUGAAUGGGGAGUCGGUGCGCGGGCUGGUCCACACCGAGGUGGUGGAGCUGCUGCUGAAGAGUGGCAAUAAGGUGACGCUGCAGACGACCGCGCUGGAGAACACGUCCAUCAGGGUGGGCCCCGCCCGGAAGAGCAGCGGCCGGGGCAAGAUGGCGCGCCGCAGCAAGAAGAACAGGAAGAGGGACGGCCAGGACAGCCGGCGCCGCAGCAUGCUGAAGAGGCUGUCAAAGCAGAGCAGCGUAUCUCAGACGAGCCGCGGCGUCUCCUCCAGCCUACGCCACUCCCUGUCCUCCAGCGAGAGCAGCCCGGGUUCCCCCACCCCCAGCGCCUCCCCGGGACCCCCCACACCCUGCCUCAGCCCCGCCCCCGACCACCCCUGGGAUACCAGCUCCCCGCUGAGCUCAUCGCCGUGUUCGAGCUCUCCGAGCUCCCCCGCGGCACGGGCGCGACCCAGCACCCUGCAGGGCCUGGGGUCCAAGCUGAGCAGCCAGCGCUUCUCCCGCGCAGCCCGCUGCAAGUCCGCCGGCAACAUCCCCCCCUCCCCGCUGGCUUGCACCCCGUCCCCUGCCCCCCCGUCGCCCCCCAGAGCUGCCCGCUCCUUCCACGGCCGGACGCCGUCGCCCCCGGCGACCUGGCGGCACACGGCGCGGUCCUGCAGCGCGGAGGCGGCGAGCGAGCCGAGCCCUGCCCCCAGGCGCAGGGAGAGGGGCGGAGCGCGGGCUGACUCAGAGGGCGAGGGGGCGUGUGGGGGCGUGUCCCCCGUGGUGGUGAGGAGGCGGGACCUGACAGAGCGCCGCGACUCCUUCAGGAAGCAGGAGGCGGUGCAGGAGGCCAGCUUUGAUGUGUCGGGAAGCCCCGCCCCCGUCCCCGCCCACAGCAGGCGGCACUUGUUCAGGGCGGCGUGGAUCACGGCUGCGUGGCCCCAGCGGCAUGCGGAAGCUGAGGGGAGGGGCGCGGCCCCACCCCGAAUCACCCUGCAGGGGUCCGGUUCCGAGGAGCAGGGGGAGCAGCAGUGAGCCAAUCAGAGACCAGACCCUGAGGGCGGCACUGACUAAGAUGGGGGAGUGACCAAACGGGAGUGACCACUCCCCCCGGGGAGCUGCUCAGAGCUGGCCGGCAGGACAGGGGCGUGGCCCACAGAACCAAAGGGGCAGUGCGAGUGGAUACAGGCGGAGUUUCGGAGGAAACUCAAAGGAAGAAAGUCAUAGGAAUGCAUCCGCUUCCGUAGUGUUACACUCCACAGGAUGAAAGCGUUUUUAGAUGCAUUUUACGGCCCCUAAGGGAAACAAAUUUUGUUUUAAUUUCUCCAGCUCUGACAGUUUAAUUUCCAAUAAUGUAUGUUGAAUGCGUUUGACUGGGUCAAGCAGGUGAAGUUUUCAGUUACUGCGGUGGUCUCACCUCAGACUGAAAGGUUUGGCUGAGAGGUGCAUUUGUGAGUACGAUGAUGGAGCAUUUCUGCUGAGCUUGCAUGGGGGGGAGGAGUUAAGCUUGACUCAGUCUAAUAUGUAAAUACUUUGUAAAUACAGUAGCUCCUGGUAAGGUUUGCUCUGGGAGUGGACACCGCAUAUCUUUUGAGAACUCUGCAGAUGAUCUAGGUCUUAGACAGAGGUAUUCAGACAGGGCUAAAUGAUUUUAAUGAAACCAAAUGUAAACUUUAGAUUUUAGCAUUUAUUCCUUUUAAUUCUGGAAGGGCUCCAUAUUUUUGCAGGGAGUGCUGACUACUUUAUUAUUUUUUUUAAACGAUACAGUUGUGUACACUGAAAGGUAUCUCUGCCUCACAAAUGCUUUUCAGCAGUACUAUACUGUCUCCUUUAAAAGCAUACCUCUGGUAGUUUACCUUCAUGUUUUUGUGCUAAAAACAGGGUUUUUGUUAGGAUAUUGCGCUGGGUAACUAUGGACACAUGUUCAGUGUUUCAGUGGGUCAGUGUUUUACAUCCAUUCUUGGUUCCAGAUGUUGCAGGGUCGAGCUUGCUUCAGAAGGUUUUGCCUGUAUUUGUCAGGGGUAAAACCCUAAAAAAUUAAAUGUGUUGCCUCUUGUCCUCUAUCCCACUCUCAAAAUGAGAAAUACAUUUACCAAGAAUUUCCGAAAGACUUACUGUGGAGGAAAGAGGGUCUACAGAACAUCCAUUUCAGCUCAGUCUCUCACUGGAGUAUGACACUUGUUGUAAAAUUAAUAUCAUUUAUGUUGACUAAUGCAUUAGUAAUAAUCUAGAGCAGUAAUACCCUCAGUUAAUGCCAGUGCAAGUGUAGGAGUUUAAAGUAAGAUGAUUUCUUUUGGCAUGAUCUGUGCUUUUGCACCAAUAACUUGAUGGUGUUCAUACUCAAACAUGAUGUAGAAUCUUUUAAAAACACUGAUUUGUUGCCUUCCUGAAGUUAGCUGCCCAUGUCAUCUCGUCUGUGUACCCCUCCCUGUCCUCUGACCCCCCCCCUCCAAGAGCAGUUUACUGCUCACAGUUUACCCCCGCUCUCUCUGUGUAUUACUUGAAAGCGAUCGACGUGUGCGUCUUUGUACUGUACGUGCGUUUCCCUGGUGAUAUUUUCAAAUGGUUGCUGAUUUGUUGUAGUGUUUUUGUGCCUUGUAAUCUGACUAAACUUGACGUGAUGCUCUGAGUAGCCCUGCUGACCCUGCUGGUCUGAGCGAGAGUGUGAAACGGACCCCGGGUGAGGAGAGAGGGGACCAAAGUCUUUAAGCAGGACGCCUGUCAGGGCAUCAGCACUCCAUUUUAUUCAGCCUUAGAACGUUCUCUGAAAAUAAGCACCAGUGCAGUUUUUGUGAUCUCUGGGCCUGCCGUUACAUGUUGGGCCUGCCUUGCGUGACACCUGCUCGUCCCUCAGUACAGUAACAGAUUGUGUGCCAAAUGAGCAGGUGAAGCAGCCGCCGCUUCUGAGCGCUUGGCGUUUGCACAUGCGUUGUCUCAGUUCAGAGCGCAGUGUUCACCAGCCUAAUUUACAUCUGGUCAGCAAGACUGAAGUCCAUUAGGCGUUUAUUGAGGUUUUUAAAUGGAUUGGCCAAAUAUCAAAAAGUACACUGAACACUUCAAAAAACGAAAGACACUGGAAUUUAGUUGGACUGUGGGAUGGAGGUGUACAGAGGGUCUGAUGAACUCACUGACUGUAACAUUAGAAAGUGUUUACACUGUUAGUAAUGAAGCAAGAGCUUCUGUAAACAAUCCUAAAAAAUAGCUUUUUUGUUCCUUCGUGAUUCCACUUCAUAAAAUGUAUCCUGCAGUGUGGUUCUUGUACAGCAAUUUCUGCAUCUGACUAUUGGACCAGAAGCAAUUUUUUUUCCCCCAAAGACAUUGUCAUUAAUCAUUGUAUUUGUGUUUUUUUUUUCUUUUAGUUUUCAGUUUUGGAAAGUCUGUUUUAUUCAAACUGCAUGGCACCAGUGUGUGUAAUACUUGACUGCACAGCAUUCUGGGACAGUCACCCAGCCUGCAGUAGUCAGUGUGUCGCUUGUGUAUAAGCACACCUGUGUGCUCCCCUCAUCCUCGUACCCUGAACCCUGUUUCCCAGCUCUGGUUGUGGGGGCAGGUGUGUUUCACCUGAGCUUGCUGUUCGUUUGGGUCAUUUAAGCUGCUAAUUCUGUUUUACCAUGACCAGGGCCAGACAAAAAACACACUCAAACUUGCUGCUUCUGCAAGCUGUUGCCGUGGAGUCAUGUCACUGUGGACACUUCAUUCAUUUCCAUUUUAACUGUGUCACUGCAAAUUCACUUCUCACGUCUGAAUCGCCGUUUUUUUUUGGUUUGUUUUUUUACGCUCUUUUGGCCUGUUUGUUUUUGGGCACGGAGCUGGGUGUGUGCGAUUGGGGAAUGAUAUGGGAAUAUGGACAAUUUCUGACCAGUAAGGUUCCUUUCAGAGCCAUCACUGCAUCACAGAUCACGGUUCAUCACGGUUUAUCUGAAUUAUCUCCUGCUCCUUUAUAGCAACUCGUUUGGUUCUCAAAGUUCUGUGUGUUUAUUGCACACAUCAGUAUUCACCAGUAAGUUCCAUCCUGUGUUAUAGAUGACAAGAUUAGAUAAACUGGAUUUCUGCACAUUUUUAACACAAAGCACAGUGGCUUGUUUCUUGUUUUAGGGGGAGACUGAGUGUAACUGAGAAAAUGUACAUUUUGGAGUUUGUCACUCAUUCCUUCAGUUGCAGAUCUCACAGGUCGACCAGCUUUAUUCCUACUCCAGGCUGUUGUGAGGAUGUAGGGGUUUUCUAAUUUGUUCUCUAACAGUCUUUGUGAACAAUAAAUU